CAUUUGUCCAUCGGGCCUUACGACAUCAAUACCAUCCCAACAUGGCGAUGUUGACGUGGACAUGCCGAAUCAAUUAAUCUCGCCAAUUGUCAAUUCUCGCAUGUCCUACCCUGCAUCUGCACUGAUAUCGACGGAGAUCGGAUGUUGCGUUCCCUGUAGUAGCCGGGAUCAUAUCUCGAUAUAUCGCCAACGGAGACCCGAUCCCGUCGCCAACCAAUGCCCCGAAACAAAUUUCUCAUUCGCUGUAACAUUGUCAGAAAUAGUCUGAGACAUACGUCGAUAUCAUGAGAUGAGAUUCGGCCCAGUUUCCUAGACAACUCCACUAAGAGCCGCUAGCGCGACCCCUUUUAACCUUUAACCGUCCGAUCGGGAGGUCCGUAAUCUUGCAUCAGGCCACGAUUUGCAUACCCACACCAACCAACACCGAUCCUUGAUCGCCCCACGGCAUACACAAAAGAGGACAUUGAAGAGAGAAGAGGUUGUUAUACGAACGGCGAAUAUGCUCAAAGCGCUGUGGCUAGCUGGCCUGGCCACCGCCUCAAUCACCAUCCAAGUCCACCGCGUCGACCCAUUGCCCUUCAGCGCGUCAGGUAUCGCUACAUCAGCCUCUGAUCUGUUCUCGCGGAGUUGUCCAGAAGAAGCGGAAAACACAGCCUCACUACUCGCAUCAUCAUUUGAUGACCUCGCUGGAAGAAAUGUAUUCCCCUCGUCGGAUGGGUUUGUGAGGGGCGCUGUUGAGGCGUGGGCCAAACACGAGCAUCUCAUCUUGCGACCUGAUGAGAUCUGGUUUGAAGUUUUGGCACAGAUGAAUGUGUACAUGAGUACCCACUCUGAGGCUCUCCGGCAUUUAUUCGUUGAUCACUCUGGGCGCGAAAAGAUUACCGUAGAAGGGUUUUCGUGGGACGGUAUCAUCGGUGCGUUUAGAGGGGAGAUCCAGAGCAGGGUUAAGACGGGGUGGUUGUUGGAAUGGAUAACACCCGGUUUUAGCACUUCGACUGCUCAAGAUGACGUUACGGCCACGGUGUUGAUGAUGGGACUGAUGCAGCAUUUCUUUGAGUUUGAGGGCAUGGUGGUAUGUGGAAUACCGAGUAUGACGCUUCUUGGGGAGAGGGAAGAUUGGGUUAAGCUGGGGGCGAAGGUUGAGAUGCUGAAGGAGUUUGGGGACGAGGCGGCUGAGUUUGCGGAGAGGCUGAGGCCGAUUAUGAAGAGGUUUGUUAGUUCCUGGGACGUUGAUACUGAAGGGGGUGAGGGUGAUGGGGAGAGGAGGUUGUUCUGGGAGCAGAUUGUUAGGGCUAAGAAGAAGUGGUCUUGUGGUGAGGGGGCGAGUGAGUGGGAUGUCUCAGGGUGGAUUACGGGCUUCAUGCAUUGGGAUCGUGAUGGAAAGGUUAGAGGAGUCUAUGAGGAUUGGUAUGAUAAUUGGGACGACGAGGAUGAACAGGAAGCUGGAGAGAAGGUUGAGGAGGUCAAGAGAGACGAAGUCAAGGUUGAAGAAGAAAAGAAAGAGGAGGUACAAAUCGGGAUCUUCCCCAACGACUGGUCCAUCACAAUCGACGGACAGAGCUACGUUCCCUGCACCCUCUCCGACAUCAGCAUCGGCUACGCCAAAGCGCCCCUGACCAUGAAGAACUACCCGUCACCAGGCGUCGACACACAAGCCUAUCUUGUAGCAGGAAACGUCGGCGUCGAGAAGAAGAAUACCCCGGGCGGAGUCAUGGCGCAGCCCGUGAGCGGAUGGUUUGUUUAUGCGGGUGUUGAUGCGAAUUAUAGCGCUGGGCCGUGGCUUGGAAGUGGUGAGGAGUUGGGAGGGAUUGCGGGGGGGAUUGUGAGCUGUAAGGCUGCUUUGGAAGCGAGCGGUAAAGACGGGGAGGUGAAGGAGGAGGAGAAGAAGAAAGAGGGAGAGGGAGAGGGAGAGGGAGAGGAGGAAGUAAAGGAUCUGUAAAUGUAAUAUCUAAUGAGAGAAAGAAGAGAAGAAUAAGAUGGACUAAUACAGGAGUUACACGGGAAAUACAGGCUUGGGCGCUUUCCAUCCUCGACAGCAGAAGCUGGACAUGUUGUGCAUUUUCUUUCCGAGGCAGCCCCAGGGAGGAUCAUAUCCAUUCACUUUUUCUUUCCA